UCAUACUUAUUUUAUUUCCUCUUUCCCCUUGAGCUUUCUUUCGUACUUUUACAUCUAUAAAUUCGAUCAGUUGCUGCCCACCACACACUAAGUAGCUUCUUCUCUCUUCACCACUCAUCUUUUAUAGAUUUCCUUUUGCUCACUUCCUAAGUCUGUCUAUGUCCAGCUCCACAAUCAACCUUGAACCUUUCGCUUGGGAAUACGAUGUGUUCUUGAGCUUCAGAGGUGAAGACACACGCAAAACAUUUACUGAUCAUCUUUAUUCUGCAUUAUGUAAUGCAGGUAUUCGAACAUACAGAGACAAAGAGGAGCUCAGAAAGGGCGAAUCUCUAGCGCUUGAACUCAUGAGAGCAAUCCAAAGUUCAAGAAUCUCUAUUAUAGUCUUCUCGAAAAAAUAUGCUUUGUCUAGGUGGUGCCUUGACGAACUGGUUCAAAUCCUCGAGUGCAAGGAGAAGGGAAAACAAUUAGUCUUUCCUAUUUUUUAUGACGUUAAGCCUUCCGAUGUGCGUAUUCAAAGUGAAAGGUACAACAUGGCCUUGGCAAAUCAUGAAGAACGUUUUGGGGGAAGUGAUAAGGUACAAAAAUGGAGAGAUGCACUCACUAAAGUUGCAAAUAUGUCAGGAUGGGAUUUGCAAGGCACUGCUAAUGGUUUCCGAGGAAAAAAUUGAUAGCUUGGGGCAUUUCUCAACCAUUGGAAUUCGAGACUUGGCGGAUAAGUGCCUGAUAAAUUGUCAUGGGCCCUGGAUUAGCAUGCAUAGCUUAAUUCGUGAUAUGGGAAGAGAAAUUAUUCGUUCAGAGUCACCCAACAAUUCAAGUGAAUUCAGCCGAUUGUGGUGUCACAAUGAUAUCAAUGAUGUGCUUACAGGACGACACAAGGGUGUAAAAAAGAUUGAAAUGAUUGUAUUAAACUCUCCAAUGGAAAAUAUAGAGUGCAAAUACAAUACAAAAGCAUUUAAAGGCAUGAAAAAUUUAAGAUUUCUUCAAAUUGAUGGAGUACACUUAGAAGGAAAUUUUAAACAUCUACCACGCAAGGCACUUAGAUAUUUGCAAUGGAAUUGGUGUCCUUUGAAAUAUAUUCCAUCAAGUUAUUUUUUUGAGAAGCUUGUGAGGUUAGAAAUGCGGGAGAGCAGCAUUAAAGAAUUUCGAGCCCCACUAAAGUAUUUUCGAUAUCUAGAGUGUUUGGAUCUGGACGGGUCUGAACUUCUCACAAGGACUCCGAACUUUAGUGGUGCUCAAAAUCUUCGUAUGGUAUCAUUUUGUGGAUGCUCAAAUUUGGAAAAGGUGCACUCUUCCAUUGGAGACUUAAGGAUGCUAGUUGAUUUAAAUUUGAGUUAUUGUAAAAGGCUGAAGAAAAUUCCAAAGAACUUUUGGCAGUUGAGAUCAGUAGAAGAUCCAUCUUCAUCAGUGUGCUAUUCAUCAAAAAUAAAAGAGCUGCUUGAAAAUUCAGAAAAGUUAACCUCACUACGAUGGUUGAGAUUGAAUGGGACCAAUAUUCGCAGCCUGCCCUCCAACAAUGAUCUAAAAGUAAUCCAAGAAUUUCCUCAUAAUCUUAUCCAUAUUGGUUUAGCGAACUGCAAAAACCUGGAAGUAGUUUCAACACUUCCUACCAGCCUUAAGGAGAUUAAUUUAAUGGGCUGCAAAAACCUAAAGAUGCUUCCAGAACUUCCUCAAAAUCUCCGAUAUCUCUGGGCUAAUAAUUGUGUGUCGCUGGAAAAAGUAAACUUACCAAAAAUGUUGAAAGAUGUGGAUCUCACGGGUUGCAAAAAGUUAAAGGAAAUUCGAGGUUGUGAGAAUACUCAAUUUUUAUGGGGAAUCAAAUUAAGAGGUGUUCCCCAUAUCAAGUUCUCAGAAAUCAUAGAGCAGGUUUUGAAAAGUUCCAAGUUGGAUUUCUUUAUUAGUUUUCAAUGUAGUCUUCCAGAUAGUGAAACUUUGAGUCGGAUAAGAUGUCAGGUAAAUGGAUCGUCAAUAUCUUUCCGAUGGACAUUAUCUAAUUUUGAAUUCGUUGGGAUUUGUAUUUGGGUGGUGCUCAAACUCUGGUCACGUAAUUGUUCAUAUUACUGCACACUUGAAAAGGAUGGUUUCAAACUCUGCUCGGGCUGCCCUGAUUGGAUCGAAUUAUUAGAAGACCAAUUAUUAGAAGGGGAAAAUAUUUCUUUUUUACAUUUCAUCCCAUGGCAUUGGUGUAAAGAUAUAAAAACAGGAGAAGUCAUCAAAAUUAUUCCCAAAACGGAAGAUGUUGAAAAAUGUAUGGUGAAGAAAAUAGGAGUUGAAGCAUUGUAUAGAGAUAGAGAUGGCUUCCUACAAUUUUUACCCCUUAAUUAAUAAACUUGGGUCCAACACUAGAGAAAAGAGAAACCUUUGAAGCCCA